UCGAAGGGUCAAGUAUGUUUAUGGGAGCUCAUUGACUUUGUUAAGGAAAUAAACACUGAUCACCUUCGCGUGAAAUGUUUGUAUCUGCUAUCAGUCCACGUGGUUGUGUGCCAUUGAAAUUACAAUAAAGAAAAAGAAAAAAAAAAUGUUUUCCUAAUGAACUUUGUACAGGUUAAGAUUUAUAACAGUUGAAUUUUUGUUCAUCUCUGAUGUGUGUAUAUAUCUUAAUGCCCAUGACGUUAGUGUUGAGUGUUACAUGACUUUGUGACGUUCAGUCCUUCAGUUAAGAUGCUAUCUAUCUGACAUUGGCGCGGGAGGACAACUGGCAAUGGAAGAUAAUGUCACAAAGCAGGCGGACGAAAUUGAGGCGCUGGCAUCAAUAUAUGGAGAUGACUGGAAAGUGGAAGACGAAGUGAAUCGAUCGUACAGCAUCAGCUUAAAGGAAUGUGGCCAAGAGAUCACAUUAUAUUUCAUAUUGCCGCCCGAAUACCCAUCUACAGCACCUCCGAAGUAUCAGCUGUCAGCACCGGGACUAAAGCCCGAAGAAAAAAAUUUGAUUACUUCCGCCCUUGAUGAACUAAGUAUAUUACAGUGUGGACAAACAGUGAUAUAUGAAUGGGUUGAAAAAGUAAGGGAGUUGGUUCAAGAUUUUUUGCCAUUAGAUAAGGGUACUGAAGAUUUUGGCAUUGACAGUGCUGCAUUCUCAUCAGUCACCUGUGAACAGCAGGAAUAUGAAUUUGAACUACCACAAAUAACACAUGGAGAGACAAUCACUGAUCGAAAAAGUGUCUUUCAAGGCCAUGCUGCACCAGUGUUCUAUGCAGAACAAGUCAAGGCAAUUUUACAAAAGCUAUAUGAAAAUAAGAAAAUAGCUAAUGCAACUCACAACAUGUAUGCCUAUCGAAUUUUCAAAGAUGAUACAAAAUCGUUUCUGCAGGAUUGCGAGGAUGAUGGUGAAACACAUGCUGGAGGAAGGCUGCUUCAUCUAUUGCAGAUUCUAGAUAUGAAAAAUGUGCUGGUGGUAGUAACUCGUUGGUACGGCGGCAUACUCCUGGGACCAGACAGAUUUCGACAUAUUAACAAUGCUGCUCGGCAAGUACUGGAGCAAGGUGGAUUUGUACAAAAAAGUGAUACAAACCAACACAGAAAAAAGAAGAAAUGACGUUCUGCUGUUCCAGGAAUUAUUUGACAUAGUUCUGACUCUGAUUCCUGGUUGCUGUACGUAUCUAUCCACAUCAAGGCUGUUGAGAGAGACUCGUGAAGAUUCAAGACAGCUCUUAGAGGAUUUGCAGUUUAAAAGUGGCAUAAUUGUGAAAUAAGUAUGCAGAUGACUGAUUAAACUGUGUUUUAUUGAAGUUGCUGUGUGGUUUUAAAGGAAUAAUAAAUUUUAAAUACAG